AUGUACGCGUUGACCGUAAUCAUCAUUUCGAACAAGUCUUCAUAUAAGAAACGACACGACAAACGGAUCCAAUUGGCCGCUCGAUACCAACUCGAUGAGAACAUUCGAGUUGGAAAAUACCUCGUUUCGUUGCUUGCAACGAAUAUGGUUGUGGACGGAAAGGUACUGUUUGUGAUGCUAAUAGCUUAUUCGGUUUUCUUCACAGACAUUCCACUUGGACAGGAUACUACUCAUCUUAGCCAUGCUUACGAUUUGCUGCUAGCCUACCAACGAAUAUUUUUCGGACUGGCAUUGACGUUACGCAGUGAGAAAUUCGAUCAUAUCAUGAGGCGUAGUAACAGGACGACUGCUGCUGUCAGGAAACAAGAGGCUGCAACUUCUAAUUAUUUUGACGAUUUGAAGAGAAUGUGGUGA